UUUUCUCGAUAAUAUCCUUUGUUAAUUAUUUACCAUGCAUAUUAAUAUCAUGUAAGUCUCUUACCAUUUCUCAAUAGCUACUUAAUACUUUCAUAUUCUUGUCUUACCCUCUCACUCAACUUCCCCCCUCCUUUCUCCUUUCUCCUUUCUUUCACUUUCUUCCUCUUUCUCUGCAUCUCAGAUUCCUUCCUCUAACUCCAAGGGAACAUUGAGAUGGCAGAUUACAAUAGAGACGAGUAUUUUGCCUCCCAGGACCUUGAGGAAACGUCGUCCACGGGAAACAAAUACGGUGGCCUUACCCCCAAGAAGAAGCCUUUAAUUUCCAAAGAUCACGAGCGGGCAUUUUUUGACUCAGCAGACUGGGCAUUAUGCAAGCAAGGUGCCGGAGUUAAUAAAAAAUCCACAGCAGCCAUAGAGACGUUGCGACCAAAACUUCAGAGAACGCCACACCAGCAGCUUCCUCCAAGAAGACCGGCCUGUACAUCUGGCCCAGAUAAUCUGGGGGAGUAGAGAAGCCUUGAGAUGGAGUCAAAGGAUUUGGUGAAUGCAGUUGAUGACGUGGCUAGUCUCUGGUUUUAGUGGACGAAAUCAUGUGUAUAUCUGCCAUUGGGGGCUUCCGUGUUUCAAUUUUUACUAGUUUUUAUAAUAAACUCCAUCCUUUUGCUUUUUCA